CUUCAAAAAAUGUCUUCAGCCAUUCUUUUUGAUAAUCUUAACAAAAUUGUAUGUUAAUACAAACAUAAAUAUGAUGUACUAUUUUAUGUUGUAAAUGGUAAUCAAGACAGCAAAAUUACUUUUUUUUGCUAAUAAUGUUUAUCAAAAUAAACAUUACCUUAAAAUGCAGAAUCCUUGGAAAAGGCUAAAGAAAAAAUAAAAUAUCAUAAAAAUACCACAUUGGAAUUAGCAAACCUACUAAUUUAAAGAUAGAUAUAAAAAAUUUAAGAGCUUAAUGCCAAAAUUGAUGAAUUCAAAUCAUAAAUUUUACAAUAAAUCGAUUAAUCAUAAGAUAAUUUGAAAUUGUGGAGAUAAUAAUUGGAGACUUUCUAUGAGGAAGAGAAGAGUUAUGAUAUAGAGUUAGAAUUGAAAUCAUUAAAUUUAAAUAAUGAAGAAUACCAUUUAAAUUAACAAAUAAGACUUGAGGAAAAAAUACUUGCUAGCAAUCAUUCAUUUUAUUAAAAAUUAAGCUAAAAGCUUAGCAUGUUCUUUGAAUUAAAUUAAUUUUAGGAUGCUUAUUAAAUUCUUAAUUUAUCUAUUAAUUCUAAUGAAUUAAAUCGUCUUAAGAAAGAAUUAGAAGAAUAAGAAUUAGUUUAGACAUAACUAAUGAAAGCAUAUCCAAAUUAAUGGUUUCUGAGAGGAAAUUUUGAAAAUAUCCAAGAUGUUACUAAAAAUCAUUUGUAUCAUUGGAGAAACUAUCAUUAGAAUACUGAAUAGAUAGAAUUGUUUUAUAAUCAUAUGAAUAAGAAUGAAAAUUACCUAUCUCUAUUGUUUCCUAAUUUUUAUAAUAGUAAAUAGACUAAUAAAAGUUCAAGAUUGUCUCCAGGAGAGCGAAAUAAAAUAAUCAAGGAUGAGAAAGUAAUUAAUGAUAAUAAUAAUUUAAGGCAAUAAAAUAAUUAAUUGAAAAUUUUGAAAUGUAUUUAUGUUAUGUGGGUGUUUAAUUAUUUGAAGAAAAAAUAAUAGUAUAAAAUCAAGUGCAAUUUAAAAAAUUUCAAAAUUAGAAUAAUGUAUCUGGUUUGCAGAGAGUAAUAUCAUCUUUGAGUGUAUUAGGUUAACGUGAAAAUGCUUUAUUGCUUGUAAAGUUAAUGAAAGAUUGUAAUUUCUAUUACAAAAAAAAAUUUAUCUAUUAUGAUCUUUUAAAAGAAGAAGGGAAUUAAGAUGAAGAUGCAUUUUCAUUUGAUGAAGUGAAAAAAUAUUUUGUUGAAGAAGAUCUUUCGGGACAAGAAUGGGUUUCGUUUAAACUAUUUAUAAAUGAAAGUUUGAAUGUGUGAUUAUGAG